UAAAUUAAAGCCAUUCAUUUGGGUCAAGCUAGAGGAUAAUAUAUACAAGCAUGCUUUCAAAGCAUUGCUUUGGGAAAAAAAUGUUGAUUCUCUCUUAUUUCUUUCUAUUUCUUCUGAUAAACAUAUCAGUGGUUGAAGUACUAGGGGUUGAUAAAUUUAGCAGAGAUGACUUCCCACCUGACUUUGUGUUUGGUUCUGGGACCUCGGCUUAUCAGGUUGAAGGUGCAGCAAAUGAAGAUGGGAGGGAGCCUAGCAUAUGGGAUUCCUUUUCCCAUUCUGGGAAAAUGCAUGGAGCCAAUGGUGACAUAGCAUGUGAUCAAUAUCACAAAUACAAGGAUGAUGUCCAGCUCAUGGUGGACACAGGGUUAGAGGCCUAUAGAUUUUCUAUCUCAUGGUCAAGACUUAUUCCAAAUGGAAGAGGACCUGUCAAUCCAAAGGGGCUACAAUAUUACAACAAUCUUAUCAAUGAACUAUCCAGCAAUGGAAUCCAACCUCAUGUUACAUUACAUCACAGUGAUUUCCCACAGGCACUGGAAGACAAGUAUGGAGGAUGGCUUAGUCGAAAAAUGGUGAAAGACUUCACGGCAUAUGCAGAUGUCUGCUUCAGGAAUUUUGGUGACAGGGUGUUACAUUGGACUACUAUGAACGAGGCCAAUGUGUUCGUGAUUGGGAGUUACAAUGGGGGAUAUCUACCACCUGGGCAUUGUUCUUCUCCAUUUGGCAUUAAUUGCACCAGAGGCAACUCCUCAACUGAGCCAUACUUGGCAACUCAUCAUAUCUUGUUGGCGCAUGCAUCAGCUGCUAGAUUAUACAAGGACAAGUACCAGGACCAGCAGCAUGGAUUUAUAGGAAUCAAUCUCUUUGCUUUCUGGCUUCAUCCUCUAACAAACAAAACUAAAGAUGUUAUUGCUACUCAAAGAGCCAAGGACUUCCUUAUUGGUUGGUAUGCAGAUCCCUUGGUUUAUGGAGACUAUCCCGAUGUAAUGAAAAAAAAUGUAGGCUCAAGACUUCCAGCCUUCACCAAUCUUGAAUCAAAUCUGGUUAAGGGCUCAUUUGACUUUCUAGGAUUAAAUUACUAUGCCACGCUUUUCAUCAAGGAUGACUCCAGCAAACUAAACAUGGAGGUCAGAGACUUUGAUGCAGACAUGGCAAUAGACUUGUCAGUAUUUAGAGAUGAAACUGAAGUAGAAUACUACUUGCCCUACUGUGCAGCUAUUCAAAAUGAUACAUCUGUAAAUGAGUUUCCAACUACGCCUUGGGCUUUGCAAGAACUGCUGGAGUAUUUCAAGCAAGCUUAUGGAAAUCCUCCUAUUUACAUUCAUGAGAAUGGACAGAAAACACGACGCAAUUCAUCAUUGGAAGAUGAGCCAAGGGUGAACUACUUGCAUGGACAUAUUGGGGCUUUGCUUGAUGCACUCAAGAAUGGAUCAAAUACAAGAGGCUAUUUUCAAUGGGCCUUCUUGGAUGUCUUAGAGUUAUUGGAUGGCUAUGAAUCAAGCUUUGGCCUAUACUAUGUAGACUUGGAUGACCCGGAUCUAAAAAGGCAACCAAAGCUUUCUGCUCAUUGGUACUCCCAUUUCUUGAAGACUAAAGGUGUCAGCUCAGAUGGGUUUAUCAAACUUGAGAAGAAUUUGACUGCAUUUUCCCAUGCUCACUUCUCUCGGUAGAUUCUGCCAUUCCUUGUUACAUAAUGGUGUCCUAGUAGACCUGGUGCUGCUGCUGUUUAUUGUUUCUAAAAUUAUAUUAUUUACCAGUAUGCUACUUUAGAGUUUAUUUUUUCCAAAUCUGUAAUAAAAUAACAUGUAACCUCCUUCAGUUUCAAUUUCAAAAACAUAAUUCAGGUUU